UGGGACUGCCCCUCUCCGCGCGCGCACAGACAAGAUGCACACGUUCCUCUCUUCUUUUUCUUUUUCCCUUUUUGCCUCUUUCCCACGUUAAACAUUCUUCUGAACCAUAAAAGGACACGGACACCCGAGCAGCUCCGAGCCCCGCGCACACGAGCUGAUCCGCGGCGUGAGCUCCGCGUGUUCCCGCUGAACCCCCCGGAGCCCCGCGCACACCUGCCGCAGCACCGACAUGGGACUUUAACGCGACAUUUACGCGGAUUCUACGAUUUAUUUCCAACCAACUAAAGGAUUAAACAUCGACGCUUUUAUUACGUUUUAUUCGACCAUCACCAUGACCAACUCCAGCCUUUACCUCCUCUUUUCUCCAAACGUCUCCUCUAACUCCUCCUCCUCCCUGGACCUGCCGCCUGUGAACGUGACGCCUGCCGUCCCUGUCCCCGUCCUGUCGCUGGGUCGUGCGGUCCCCGUCGGCGUGGUCCUGGCCUCCUUCAUCCUGUUCGCCAUCGUGGGGAACAUCCUGGUGAUCCUGGCCGUGGUGUGUAACCGUCACCUCCGGACCCCCACCAACUACUUCAUCAUAAACCUGGCCAUCGCCGACCUGCUCCUGGGCACCACCGUCCUGCCUGUGUCCGCCACGCUUGAGGUGCUGGACUCGUGGGUGUUCGGCCGUAUCUUCUGUGACAUCUGGGCGGCGGUGGACGUCCUCUGCUGCACGGCCUCCAUCAUGUCUCUGUGCGUCAUCUCCAUCGACCGCUACAUCGGGGUCCGCUACCCGCUGCAGUACCCGUCCAUCGUGACGGAACAGCGCGCCCUGCUGGCCAUGCUCGGCGUCUGGGUCCUCGCCAUCGUCAUCUCCAUCGGGCCUCUGCUCGGGUGGAAGCAGCCUCCAUCACAGGACGACACGGUUUGCCUGAUCACUGAGGAACCUUUCUACGCUCUCUUCUCGUCGCUCGGCUCCUUCUACAUCCCGCUCGCCGUCAUCCUCGCCAUGUACUUCCGCGUCUACAUCGUGGCCAAGCGCACCACCAAAAACCUGGAGGCCGGAGUCAUGAAGGAGCAGAUGCAGAACUCCAGCGGGGAACUCACCCUCCGGAUCCACUGCCGGAGCCAGGACUCCAGCCUGGCGCUCCGAGGAUCCGGGAACGCCGCGGCGGGCCGGAGCACGCUGUCCGUCAAACUGCUCAAGUUCAGCCGCGAGAAGAAGGCCGCCAAAACGCUCGGGGUCGUUGUCGGAAUGUUCAUCCUCUGCUGGCUCCCGUUUUUCCUCACGCUGCCCCUCAGUUCAUUCAACGCGAGUCUGCGGCCCCCGGAGACCUUCUUCAAAGUGAUUUUUUGGCUCGGAUAUUUCAACAGCUGCUUAAACCCCGUCAUCUACCCCUGCUACAGCCGCGAGUUCAAACAGGCUUUUAUCCGGAUCCUUCGGUGUCGCUGGAGGAGGAAGCACCAGGGCUGGCAGGCGUACUACAACUACAGAGGCCCCAAAGGCUCAAACCACUCGUGUUACCUCAACGGCAGCUCCCAGACGCUCUCCUCCGCCAGCCCCAGCCCCCGUCUGCUCGCCAACAACCCCGGGAACCGCCACCUGCUCCCGCUGCCCGGCUCCGGUCCCGGAUCCAGGGGCCCUGGAUCCAAAGGCCCUGGAUCCAAAGGCCGCCCCGGUCCGAACCACGUCAAGGCCAACGGUCACACGAACGGGCACCACGCGGGACACCACGCGGGCGGACACCACGCGGGCGGACACCACGCGCCGCCCAAACACUGCUCCACGCUUUAG